CACUCGAGAGACAAACAAGUCAACAACCCCCGAAUUUUGCCUCGUGAAAUUGCCGAGCUUCGUCCACUUGGAUUCCCUUUCUCACUCUUCCUUUGUGCCUGCCCUUCCCUUCCCAUCCCAAUAAAUUUUCCGGGAACUGAAAAUGGAGGAAAAUCUACUAAUAUCCCUUGACAAGCUUCCAGUUAAGCGCUUAGAAGCCAUCGAGGAAAACGGCCUCGAACGCUUUCCUGCUGAUGUAGGGUACGACGAGAAGCGAGUGUCGCUGAUUCGGCGAAUAGACUUUGCUUGGGCGGUGGAGAAAGAAAGCGAGGAGGGGGAGGAGAAGAAAAAAAAGAAGAAGCAGAAGAAAGAGAGCGCGUCUACGCCAUGGCCGUGGCAGAGCAUGCUCGAGAAUCUGCAGUUCGCUCAACAAGAGCUCUCUGUCAUCAUAGAUCUCAUAAACACUGUGGAAGCUAACGAUGCUGUAACAGUGGCUAGUAUGACUAGGCCAAAGCCUUUGCCUAACGAAGUUCUUUCUGACCUUGCUGUAUCUGUAGCCACCAAGUUACAAUGCUACCGGCAUCUUGGUAAAUACUUUAAGCAGUCUGCCAAAGCGUUGGAACAGCAGGUUGCUAGGGAAGCAAGAUUUUAUGGUGCUCUAAUAAGGUUGCAGCAAAACUGGAAAGUCAAACGGCAACGAUUGGCAGCUUCAGUUCCUAGCAACGAAGGAUUUAUCUUUGAUCUCUUUGACAGUUCAUUAUAUGAUUCAGCAGCUGUACUUCGGCCUUCUAAUCUAUCUACUAUUCGUGUUGACCAUGACCCAGCCGGCAUGUUGGCUAUAAAUGUACCCCCAAAUUCAUGUCACCGUCUUCAUUUUGGUUUUCUUGGGAUAGAUUUGGGCAGUAGUCUGAAGGAAUCCAGUAAGAUUAGUUGGUUGCACGAGAAGCAACUUAGAGAAACUGAACGAGAAUCUGCAAGUGAGGAUGAAUGUAUCAAAGAAGCGCAUUCACUCCUUCGAGAAGCUCAUCAAGCAAUUUUUUAUGAGCAGGUAUUUGACAUGGUGAACCGUGAGGCAUUUAAUCAAUCAUUAGGAGUUAAUGUUACUGGAAUACGGGAAAAUCUUUUGCAAUUAAGCAUAGGAACAGUGGCCUCUGUGUUCAUUUCACUUGUGCCAUCCCGUCAUGGCAAUCAAGCAGUUGAUAGUACACAUACUCAGAGUUUGGAGUCAGGAGGUUUACCUGUAGAUUCAUCUGAUGGAGUGAAGUCGGCAGAUGCAAAACAUGACACUAUUAUAAAGAAGCGUGGUUUCCCUAAUCGCAGUAGUUAUGAAAUUUAUCUGCAACAGAUUUUCCACGAGCAUGUAUUAGUAAGACCACGGGAGAAACCCGUGUCCAGUGGUACUCGAAUAUCUAGUCAACUUGUAAAAGAAGCUUCCAGUCUGCUUGGCCAUUUCUGCAUGUCUCUAGCUCAUAGGAUAUUUUCAACCAAAGUACUUAUGGAGCUGGAAAAUGUGGUACUUGGAAUCCCAUAUCUUCAUUUGGUAACACAUCCAACUUGGCAUUCUCGGACAUCUUCGUGGACUAUCUGCAUGAAGGUUCCUCAGUCCAUUCUUCAUGCAGACUCUCAACACCGAAUCACAGAUCCCCAUAGCAUCAAGAAUGCCAUUAAGGCAGAGUAUCAUACUAAGGUCAUUGUCAGUGACGAUUGCAUCAGUGUCAAAGCAGAAGGAGCUCCCAAUGUCGUUGGUCUGUUUAAGGGAAGUUCUGAAAACAUGUGUUCUACAAACAAAUAUGAUUGCGACUUGGCAGAUCUUCCUGUGAUAGUCCUACAGCAGGUUGCAAGCCAAGUUGUACUUUGGCUUGGCGAGGAAGCGCUUAGGGUGGGAAUAAAAGCAAAUCGUGACUUCUUGUGCUUGUCCUUUGAACUAGAGCAAGGUGAGCUCCUCAGUUUAGUGGCACAUGUGGACCCAGAAGAUACUCAAGGGUGUAUCUCCUGGUGGUUGGUGAUGGAGGAUGGUUUUGCCGAGGAACAGAAACUUCACAUGGACACUGUAGAUUGUCAGUCUGAAUAUAGAAGGUUCUUAGGGCAUCUAUCUCUUGAAGUUCUACAUUCAACACUUAUUGACUUGGUUAGUUUGUGUAAUGGAGGUACUAAUUGUAUAGGUGCAGGAACAUCGGAUAUUAGUUCAAGAAGUAUAUGAUAGUGGAUGAUCGCUAAAUUAACCAGUAUAUUAUGUGUUAUUCUCGGUUGGUUUCCCGGUGAAGUUUAAGGUGGCCAGAGAAGGUAAUGAUACCAAACUCUGAGAACAAACCUGUUCACUUCAUUUCAAAGUUGAAACUAGUGUUGAGUAGAAAGAGAAUGAGAUUGUUUUCUAAUGUGUUUAGUUAUGUAGAAGGAAGGUAAUUAUACCAGGACUUGGAAGAUGAUGAUGCCCGCCUGGGAAUUAUGUUAGUGGUGAGUUGUACUCUCAAUUUUAUGCCAAGUGAAGGAAAUGCUAGUAGACGUAGGCUCUUAGCCAUUUUUAGGCAGAAAGCAUGUGAAAUUAUCAGAAUAUAUAAGUUGGCUAUCAUUUUCAUCAAUCUCUGGUGACCAUGAAAAUUAGGCAAACUUCCUUGACAUUCCAAGGUGAGGCGCAUGCCAAGUAAUUUGUAUACAAUUCUUGUAUUGCCUGCUGAGCUUGAAAAGCAGUAUAGCCUUUUUGUUGUAUUUUUUGGGUGGAGAGCUUUGAGUUGGAAGAUAAUAAGCAAUAGAGUGGUGACCAAGCAUUCCCUCCAAUCCAUAAAGAUCAAGCUUUCCUCUUUA